GCAUGCUUUCUUUUGUUACGGAGAGUUGGCCAUCGUUUUCCGCAAUGCAACAGACAUGGCAAGCAAACAUGGCGGAGGCGCAUGAGGGGUUGGAGAGGAGCUACCCGCAUUUUUGUCUCCUGGAUUGUCGCCACUUGCAGCAGCCGCAACAGCGCGUUUUGGUUUUUCCUCUGUCGCCUAAACGAAAUGUAUAAUACAAGAGAGGACGGGUAUGAUAUGAGAGGUGGGGGGAGGGGAAACGAAAACAUGCCGUGGGGAGUUGCAUGGGAUGGAAACGAUGGUAUUUUCGGAGUCUUGCGGGGGGCGUGAGGAAACGGAAGGGAGGGGAGGGAGGUGUAUUUGGUAAUUCUUAUUUUUGGAGGGGUUAGGUAGGCAUUAGGAUAGGACAGGCGAGUACGCCGCGAAUAUACGCACACAUACAAACAUA